AUGUACAAUACUACUUCGGACUUUCUGAGCGCAAAUGCCAGCUGGAGCGAGAUAAAGAGAUUUGAUCGCUUGAGCUAUGCAGUACACGCCGAUUAUGACAAGGUGACAGCCUGGUGCCGUGCAGCUUUGCCUGUGGCGCUGAUUGCUGCGGCCUUUUCGAUGAUUCUGAGGAUGUUUCCCGUGGCGUCAGCCGAAACACCACACCAGCUUGUACAACCAUGGAUCCAGGAGGCAAGCUCAUCGAUAAACAUGGCCUUGGAUGUCGUCAAUGAUCAUGCCGGUGAUGUUCCCGGCUCCUCUGCAACUGUAUGGAAUUUGAUGCAGACUGCGCGCUCAAGGUUUGAUGAAGUUGUGAAGCAGCUGCGCGAUGCCGGCCUUGAGCCAUGGUUUCUUCGAAAUGGGAGCGGCGCACGAGCCUGGGCGCGUAGCCCAGGCUUGCUUAGAUAUUUUCAUGGUUUCAAUCCGAGGCAGUAUCUGUAUCUUGCUAUCCCAAGCACAGACUUGGAAAACCCCCAGGGCUUCUCUUACGACGCGCAUCUUUGGCCUGCAAGGCGAGACAUGCGUGGGAAGUCGGAUCAGGUGGUUGAGAGGGCCUGGCGAGACACGAGGCGAGGAGUCGGACAGAUUCUUGGACCUGGAGCUGUUUAUUUCCCAGUCGCUGGUACUUUGAUUGGUUUCAUGAGGUAUGGAAGAAUGGUUGGUGAGUUGAAAGACAACACGGAUGUGGUGGAUAGAGACCUGGACUUGUACCUCGUGCUGCCCUCUGCAAGGGCUUUCCUGGAGCUCUGUGUGAGAUUAACUACUUUUCUUAGGCGCAGGGGAUGGCUAGGCUGCAGCCUCAAAUGGCGACAAAGCUGGUGGAGCUCUCAGGGAGAAGACUUAGCUUCAGCUUCUUCUCCUCAAGACGACUUUGACUUCCGCAGGUCGUUCACGCUUCAGUGCCAUCUGCUUUCAGACCAAGGUGAUUCGCUCCUGGAAAUCAAGUGGUUGGUGCCUGUAUUUUCAGUUCCAAAGGCAUGCCCACUCAAUCUCACAGAUGCGCUACGUCCCAGUUAUUUGGAGCAUAAGGAGUUCGACGCGAUUUCUUGCACCGGCGGCGUCAAACUCUUACCCAGGAAUAUUAAUGUCAGCUCUAUGUCAAGAAACGUGGGGAUUACCACUGGCCCGAUCUACUGCUCGCCGGACAGCAUUUCCGAAGACAGCAUCUCCGAAAGCUGCUGGUCUUUGGCAAACCAGCUCAGGAAAUGGAAGGGCGUCCUACCUGCAUCGAUGUGGAACUCGCGAGGGAGAUGUCGAGCUUACAAAGGAGCUGUAAGGUGCAUGCGGAAGUCGACAUUGUUCCUGCAGAGAGCAGGCGAAGCCGACCUUUACCAUCCUGGCAAGGGAUCUUGCCUGGCCCUGCCGGACUUGGCAUGCCCAGGAGAUGUGCUUGAGUGGCCAAGCGGGAGGUCGAAGACUCCCCACAACCUGCGUUUGAGGGAACGCGGCCUCAGUGAUGCAGAUGUCCAAGUCUUGGCAACGCGCAUGCUUGAGUUGAGAGAUGCUGGGUUUGUCACGCACAACAUCACUGAUUGCGAUCUCCGGCUGUGCGCCAGAGAUGUGUCAGCUCGUCGAGAGUCCAUAGGCAAGAAAGAUCGGUGA